ACAAACUGUAAUCGACGCCGUCAAGUAAAUUCAAUGCUUUUGUGACAGAAUUAAUUAAAUUGUUUAUUACUUGCAAGUGGACUAUUAAAAGUCGUAAUCGAAUAAAUAACUGUCAAAUGUUAACAAAACUACGAGUUCGGUUCUAGUAUGAAAAUAACUAAAGUUACGUCGUAGCCGGAUAAAUUGAAAUCACGGAUGUGGAUAAACGCAAUAUUUACAAUAAACUACAUGCUAUUUAAAAAAUCUACAGUUGGAGGAGACGUCAGUUAAGGCGUAUCGACAUUGUGAUUGAAAUUAUACAUAUAUGCAGAUAUUAAUUUUGAUGUGUUGGAUUGUGAUUAUUAAGGAUUGCAAGAAAACACAAUUGUACACAAGUCGUUUAUUUUCUAUUUUUUUUUUAAAUGCUUAAUGUUAUCUUCGGUUGCAAGUACAACUGACCUCAGCCGAUCUGAAAGUGAUGCAACGCAUCCAUUAUUGUCUGGAGAUCAGCGACAUCCGGUCAAUGUGAUACAGUGCCUCAGCUGUAAAGAACGAAUACCCAGUAGCACAUUCAGUGAUAUUUGCGAACAUUAUUUACACCAUCCGCCUCCGCAUGCCAGUGCUAUAAAGUGUUUGUACUGUCGCGGACACGUUCAUUUUUACACUAGAAACUGCGGCGACAGCACGUUGCGCACUGAAAUCUUUCAUUUCUGCUCACCACGAAAGUCGUAAGCAGACACUCACACAGCAUGGCAGACAGUGUGUGCAACGCCAAUCUUGGCGAUGAGAAUUUGGAAUUUCUUUCGGAGGACUCUGAAGCAUCUGAAUAUAGCGACCAUGAAAAUGAUGGCCACGAAGUAGCUGCUGCUACAGCCGAUCAUUUAAAAAAUAAAGAAGCAAAAUUGGAGGCAGACUUUGCUGCCGAUGAUGACGAUACUCACGGUGAUGGAGAUGGGGAUGGGGAUGGCGAUGAUGAUGAUGAUGACGAUAAUGAUGGACAAUUGGCGAGGGGUAAAACAAUUCACCUUCAGCUGCAGACACAGACAUCAAAGAUUGCGACGACUGGACAUCCAAACUAUGGUUUUGGCAAGCGUUGGUCGAAGUCCGAAGAUGUUUUGCUCAAAUCGUUGGUGGAGAAACACGGUGAAAGCUGGGACAUUAUUGGCACACACUUUAAGGAUCGGCUUGAGCAACAAGUCCAGCAGCGUUGGGCCAAAGUCCUUAAUCCGGAGCUCAUCAAAGGCCCGUGGACCCGCGAUGAGGAUGAGAAAGUUAUUGAAUUGGUGCGACGUUUUGGGCCCAAGAAGUGGACACUAAUUGCGCGAUAUUUGAAUGGUCGCAUUGGCAAACAGUGUCGGGAACGUUGGCACAAUCACCUUAAUCCCAAUAUCAAGAAGACCGCUUGGACCGAGGAGGAGGAUAAGAUCAUUUACAAUGCUCACAUCAAGCUGGGAAAUCAGUGGGCAAAGAUUGCAAAACUUUUGCCAGGACGCACAGAUAAUGCGAUUAAAAAUCAUUGGAACUCAACAAUGCGUCGCAAAUAUGAUGCUGAGCGACGAUCGGUGAAUACGUUAACAACGGGCGAUUUGAAAAGCUCUCGCACGCAUCUCAUCACUUUGAUCAAAUCCGGUGGCAUAGGCGGCAUUGGUGCCAAGCCACCACAACAGCAGCAGCAACAACAACAGGCUGGCCAUGGCAAGAUAAACGAAUUAAAUGGUGAUUCGAAUAUGGCCACAAGUGACUCUUGCAAUGAGGAGAAUAUUGCCAAGAAGGAUGUCAAAGCAAACAAUGCAACAGCAGCUGCCGGGGGCGGAGCCGAUGGACUUGGCAAACUAGUAUCGAUAUCAGCUUCGGCGCAAUCGCUUUUGCAAUACACGGAUCUAAAACUGGGCCACAGACCAACACCCAAUAUCUUGAAGCGAUCCCGCAAGCAAAAUGCUGCUGUCGACAAUGGGCAGGCAACGACACAACAUCCGUAUGUUGAACUCAAGAGCGAAUAUAAAAACAAGCUGCCCGAAUCGCCAGUUAUAACGCCAAUCAAAUCAUUACCCUUUUCGCCGAGUCAAUUCCUUAGAUCACCCUGUCUGACCACAUUCGAGGAUAUGAACUUGCGAGCUAGCACGCCCGUGACUAAAGUCUAUAAUCGCGUUGGCAUGGAAAUUAAGAAGGAAUUGGAAUCAUCAUCAAUUGAAACACCACAUAAAAGUAUUGUUGGGCUGCGGACGCCAACUCCGUUUAAGAAUGCUCUCGCUGCCAUUGGUAAACGCGAGAAGCGUGAUGGACGCUCCUAUAUUCCCUCAAGCCCGUCGAGUCUGGUUGAGGAUUUGGCCGAAAUUAUCAACGAGGAGCAGAUGAAUGAUUCAGACCUUAACAACAGUAGCAAAGGUGUCGGCGAAAACACUGAACGCGACGAUCGCUCGGAUCUUGAGUGUUCCAAUUCACUUGCAUACAGAAGCGUACAUUCCCCAGCGCCAAAGCGUACGAGAAAAUCAUUGCUUCCUAGUUGGGGCUAUAACAUACAAUAUGGAAAGAAGACGUUACCGUUCGAAACCGAAACACCAAGUAAAUUUUUAUCAUCGGAGCAAUCGCCUGCACAUUUUUCGCCAAGCAACAUUAUGAAAGAUUCACUAUGCGGCGGUCAGGAUCUGCUUUUCGAUGAGGGCAAAAAAGAGAAUCGGCCAUAUUAUCAUCGGCUUCGUGGCUCAACGAGCGAUCAUCUGUUAGAUCCAAAAUGGGCUCGUGUUGCUUGCGGAAAAACCAAAGAUCAAAUUUUCAUGGAACAGCAGGCGCAUGCAUGUCUCGCCUUAAUGCCGCGAUCGUUAAAUUUUGAGAAGCAAAAAUGAGUUCUUAAUCAAUGUAGAUCAUGUAAAAAGAAACUAUUAAAUCGAACUUUCCCAACUACAUCGAAAAUUCAUUUAAUUGCUAUUACACUUUACUUCAAUUUGCGCUCUUUAACAGGGAUGGGCACAAGAUUGUUAAUAUUUUUUUUCAAAUGUAGUUAACUUUUGAAUGAGAAUUAAUAAAAGCGGUAGAAUGACAACAAAUAAACGUAUAAACACCA